CUUUGCAGAGGAUGGUGCCUCAAUUAGGCAGGCCAAUUUUCUCACCAGGGUGACAAAAACAGGGACUCCUAAAACAUUUCCUUCAUUUCCUUGGGGAGUAAAACCCAUGAUCUUUAGUUCCUCAGAGAAGUGAAAGUAGCAACAAGGAAUCCAGUCAUUCCUGUUAUCUGCAGGCUUUAUAAGUCAGCCGAGCCUGAGGAGGUGGCCUAAGGAGGUGGCUCUGAGCCCCGUGCUCCACACACUGCUGUCCUCUCACCGAGCUCUGAAUCCAGGAGGAUUGCCAGGAUGUCUCCUCUGCUGGCCUCCUUGCUGCUUCUCCUGUCCAUCAACAGCACCCUGGCCCUGAAGAUCUGCUCCUUCAACGUGAGGUCCUUUGGGGAAACCAAGAAGGAAAAUAAGGAUGCCAUGGAUGUCAUUGUGAAGGUCAUCAAACGCUGCGACAUCAUCCUGCUGAUGGAAAUCAAGGACAGCUACAACAGGAUCUGUCCCAUGCUGAUGGAGAAGCUGAAUGGAAAUUCAAGAGGCACAACAUACAACUAUGUGAUUAGCUCUCGGCUUGGAAGAAAUACAUAUAAAGAACAGUAUGCCUUUCUCUAUAAGGAAAAGCUAGUGUCUGUGAAGAAAAGCUACCUCUACAAUGACUAUCAAGAUGGAGACAUAGAUGUAUUUUCCAGGGAGCCCUUUGUGGUCUGGUUCCAGUCACCCCACACCGCUGUCAAGGACUUCGUGAUUGUCCCCCUGCACACUACCCCUGAGACAUCCGUUAAAGAAAUUGAUGAGCUGGCUGAUGUCUACGUGGAUGUGCAACGCCGUUGGAAGGCAGAGAAUUUCAUUUUCAUGGGUGACUUCAACGCAGGCUGCAGCUACGUCCCCAACAAGGCCUGGAAGAACAUACGCCUAAGGACUGACCCCAAAUUCAUUUGGCUAAUUGGGGACCAAGAGGAUACCACAGUCAAGAAGAGCACCAACUGUGCAUAUGACAGGAUUGUGCUGAGGGGACAAAAGAUCACCAGCUCUGUUGUUCCCAAAUCAAACAGCAUCUUUGACUUCCAGAAAGCUUAUGGGUUAACUGAAGAGCAGGCCUUGGAUGUCAGUGACCACUUUCCAGUUGAAUUUAAACUACAAUCUUCAAAAGCCUUCACCAAUAGCAAAAAAUCUAUCUCUUCAAAGAAGAAAAACAAGGCCCGUCGCUCCUAGAUACAAGAGUGCCAUUUUAUUAACCAUUGCUUGCCUCCUAAAAGAGCUCUAAUAGGUAUGAACUGCUUCCUGCACUCCAAAAACAAGAUUGAUUCAACCGCUUUCAUUUUUCAACUUGAAUUUAAUCCUAUUUGAGCCAAAUUGUGAGGAGAGUCUUCUAUUACCCCACUUGGGCUUGUGCCUCCCCUGAAUUGCUCAAAAGAAAGCUAGGGGCUUUUGCAGUCCAAAGGAUGGUCUUCGUGUCCUGAGCUAGAGCCCCAUCCACUGUCACGGACACUGCCCAACCCUGCUGUGGAGAGGCGGCAGAAGGAGGACGGUCAGUUUUCAGUCUUCACAAGAGGAUCCUGUUCAAUGGGAAUGACCAGAAACGCCAAGGCCCCAACUAAACCCCAUGAUUUGGACAAUUGACUGUUUUGGGAAUCCGGCCCCUCCUCUCUGAGGUCAGGCCACCAGCACGUCUCAUAGAGAUGAAGUCUUCUCCUACCUGAUCUUCCUGCCUCUGAAUUGUCCUCUAACUCAGACACCACCAGUAUCAUCCUUUGACAUUUCAUUCGGACCACAGAACAGCUGCAUUCCUACCCCCUGCUUAUAAAUCCUUUAGGGGCUCCUAUCACCAUUCAGAGAGCGCCCAGAGAUUCUGGACAUCCAUGAAGGUCUCUCUAUCAGGCAUAUCAUGUCAGCUUGACCUUCCUCUCACCUUGUACAUUAUGCCCAGCAGGACCACCCCUUCCCUGUGUCCACAUGCCCUGUCCCAUUCCCGAGCCUGGGCUAAGUGUCCUGAACCAUGUAUGCCAUACCCCUAUUGUAACAUUCACCACAUUGCAUUUGUCAUCAAGGCCACUAUUAGGACUCUUAGAGGGACCUGGUGGAUCAAAGGUCCAGUUGAUUGGCAAGGACUCAAGGAUUUUGUUAUAUUUCUGCAACAGAGUUGCAGAUGAGUCCAGCAACAUGGCACCAUUUUACCUGUAUUCUAUGUGGUGACCAUUUUGUUUGUUUUCUCUUACAUUGUUUCUUUGUUCAAGCAGUACAUGAACAUGGCUAACUAUGUGAGCAAUACCAAAGAAUACGCACUGACAAGGAAUGCCGCACCCCAACAACCAGCCUCUACUUUUUUGUCUCAGAAGCAACCCCUCUUAACUAGCUUAUGUGUUCUUCCAGAGAGUCUAUGCAUAAAUAAGCACCAUACAUAACCUUGAAAAAUACAGUGUAUAUUAAAUUACAUGCACGGU